GUGCUUUUGCCAGUGUGACACAAUUACAACAACUUUUAGCCGCUGGUUGGGGAAGUUUGCUUUAUUCACAAAUAACACUUUGUCCUACAACCCAACAUUAUACCAACUUCACGCAAACAUGGAACUGGAAUACACACGGUCGUUUGAUGUAUAACAGGGAGUGUGGGAGAUAACUUGAAAGGAUCAUUUCCUUGAGGAUUUGGCAAGAAUUACGUUACGCCCCGUUUUAAUCCUGGAUAGGUGUGCAGCGGUGUCCGUGUUCCUGCUUUCUGUUGGAAUCCAUCAGCCCCGCUGGUCUUCCUGUUUCCACUCCAUGAAAUCGUGCGGAGUUUCGCUCCCCGCCGCUGCCUCUGCUGCUACCCGGAGUAUCGGCGUUGCUGGUAAUGACGACGAGAAAAUGGCGUCGGCAAAAGCGACUGAAAUCGAAAAGGACUUUCCGAAGCUAACAGCGCAAGAGAAAGACUGCUUGGCCGGAAUAGACAGUACACUGUUUGGAUUUCAUGGGCUUCAAGAAGAUGGCGCCAGAACGAAGGCCUUGUUGUUAAAGGCUGUUAGCUGCUUUGAAGGCCACAUUCUGAAAGCAGAGGGGAAAGUAGACCCUGGUGUCUUCUGCCAGCUCGGCCACUUCAAUCUUCUGCUUGAGGACUAUCAAAAAGCAUUAUCUGCAUACCAGAGGUACUUCAGUUUACAGUCGGACUACUGGAAGAAUGCUGCCUUUUUAUAUGGCCUUGGAAUGGUUUAUUUCCAUUACAACGCGUUUCAGUGGGCCAUCAAAGCCUUCCAGGAGGUGCUUUACAUUGACCCCAGUUUCUCAAGAGCUAAAGAGAUUCACCUGAGACUGGGGCUGAUGUUUAAAGUCAUCACGGACUACGAGUCAAGCUUGAAGCAUUUUCAGCUGGGAUUGAUUGACUCCAAUCUCUGCACUUUGUCCAAAGCUGAAAUUCAGUUCCAUAUCGCUCAUUUGUAUGAAAUUCAGAAGAAGUACAGAGCAGCAAAAGAGGCUUAUGAGAGUCUGUUGCAGACAGAAAAUCUUCCUGCUCAGGUGAAGGCAACCACGCUACAACAACUAGGCUGGAUGCAUCACACAGUGGAACAGCUUGGAGACAAAGGCACCAAGGACAGCUACGCCAUCCAGUGUCUGCAGAAGUCUCUGGAAGCAGACCCAAACUCUGGCCAGUCCUGGUACCUCCUUGGCAGGUGCUACUCCAGUAUUGGGAAGGUGCAGGAUGCCUUCAUCUCAUACCGUCAGUCCAUUGACAAGUCAGAGGCCAGUGCUGAUACCUGGUGCUCCAUAGGCGUGCUCUACCAGCAGCAGAACCAGCCUAUGGACGCUCUUCAGGCCUACAUCUGCGCCGUUCAACUUGAUCAUAACCACUCCGCCGCCUGGAUGGACCUGGGCACCCUUUACGAGUCCUGUGGCCAGCUGCACGACGCCAUGAAGUGUUACAUCAAUGCCACACGCAGCAGGGCCUGUCUGAACACCGCUGCACUGACUCAGCGCAUCAAACUCUUGCAGGCUCAGUUGUGUAACCUGCAUCCAGGUAGUCUGCAAAAUAAGAGCAAAAUGCUUCCUAGUAUUGAGGAGGCAUGGAGCCUUCCCAUCCCCGCUGAACUCACGUCCAGGCAGGGGACCCUGAACGCAGCACAGGCACAGCAGGCCUGUAAAGGUGGGGAGACCCCACCUGCCAGUAAUCACUCAGACCCACAAACUAGUCCGGCCAAGAAGAAACGAAGUGCCAGCCCAGAGAAGAAUGCUAGAGACUCCAUCAGCUCCAAUCAACCGCAGAUGGCCAGCUGCUAUUUACCACCGCACAAGCUUAAGCACCUGGAUCACCUGCGGGCCCACCGGGUAAACCUGAAGCCUCCGGAGCUGCAGAUGCUUCAACAGCUGGAGAGGCAGUUCUCCUCCAUGCAGCAGCAGCAGCAGAUGAGGCAGUCGGCAGCAGAAGGAGACCAACCACGGCCUGGCCUCUCCAACGGCCCAUCGGGUCACCCGUCUCCCCACCACACAGCUCUCCUCCACUCUUCCCCCUUGGAUCACACAGGCGCCCGCCCCCUUUCUGCCAACGGGGCCUGUUCGAUGAGCCCUUCGGCAGGACACCCGGACAAAAGUCCCAGCUUGUGGUUGGGAGGCGGCAGCACGGUCAAUGGAAAUGUGCCUUACUCUCAGAAAACCUUUCUACCUCACACCUGUGAAGCCGCCAACCAUCCCAGCUCUGCCACCAGCAGCAGUACCAUCCAUGCAGAUGAGACCUGGAAGAGCCAGCAGCGCAACACUACCACUCAGGAGCUUCAGAAAGAUCCAGGUUCACAUUCGGCUGGUCCUAAUGGAGAACGCCCUUCCUCCUCGUCCUCCUCCCCCCUUCAGACAUCCCUCUCCUCCACCGGCAUACUGAAUCAGGUUGGACAUGGUUCUGGGCCCUGCACUGUCUCUUCCUCAGCCUCCUCUUUAUCCCCCACCUCGCCCCAGACGACCCCCAACCACUUGUCCUCGCCUCCUCACUUUGCUACUAUCUCAGGUGUCCACGCCAAAGACAAUGCACCUUCUGGGGGCAAAAAUGGAAGCACCAAUGGAGCUUCAACCUUAGCGUCAGGUUCAGAGGCCACCAUCAGGCCUUCUGGAGAGGCUCCACACAGUCCUAGCACCCCCCCCAUGGAGGGAUUAGCUAAUCACAUCCAGCCGGGGGGGGUGGACGGCGCCACUAGCUUGCCUCAGCCGAACUCUUCUUCCCCCCCCAGUAUACUAAGUUCUGACAAUCCUCAACUCUCAGCCUUGCUAAAGGGAAAAGCCAAUACAACAAGUAAUGACAACACAGACUGCAGUAACCACAGAGGGUCUUCCUCAGAGAAAAUCAACAACAUCCACUCGGGUCUCCAUACUGCCACGGGGCCGCCCUCAGAGCACGCCAGCGCGUCAUCCUCUCUGUGUUCUGCCACAACCGGGGCCUCCUCGUCUUCAGCGGACCCUCACACCCCUGGCGGCCUGUCCGGCCUGAACAGCUCGCCCAGCAUCAACGGUCAGGGACCUGCUCUCAACGGGAGAGGGCUGGAGGACUCCCGGAGCCCACUGAAGGCUUGGGGAGCUCACAGACAGUCUUCUGGUUUGAGUCCCUGGUCGUCGGUUUCCAUUUAUCCUAGCUCCAGUGAAGUGCUGAAAGCGUGCAGGAAUCUGGGAAGGAACGGCUUGUCCACCAGCAGCAUCCUCCUGGACAGGUGCCCCCCACCUCGGCCCCCUGCUCCUCCCUCUCCUCCGCUCCCAAAAGACAAACUCAACCCCCCCACACCCAGUGUUUAUCUGGAAAACAAAAGGGAUGCCUUCUUCCCCCCACUCCACCAGUUCUGCACCAACCCCGCCAACCCGGUCACGGUCAUCAGGGGGCUGGCUGGAGCGCUCAAGCUGGAUUUAGGGCUGUUCUCCACAAAGACUCUGGUGGAGGCCAACCCCGAACAUCUGGUGGAGGUGCGGACCCAGCUCGCUCAACCCGCUGACGAAAACUGGGACCCCAGCGGCGCCAAGAAGAUGUGGCGCUGCGAGAGCAGCCGCUCCCACACCACCAUCCUCAAAUACGCACAGUACCAGGCCUCGUCCUUCCAGGACUCCCUGCGGGAGGAGAAUGAGAAAAAGAGAGAGGUGGAAGCAGAAGCAGGCUCCACAGAGAGUUUGAUGCGCAGAAGAAAAGGUCUUUUCAGACACAUCAAGUUUGGAACCAACAUCGACCUGUCAGACGAGAAGAAGUGGAAGCAGCAGCUGCAGGAGCUGACCAAGCUGCCUGCUUUUGCCAGGGUGGUUUCGGCCGGUAACCUGCUGAGUCACGUGGGACACACCAUCCUGGGCAUGAACACCGUCCAGCUGUACAUGAAGGUGCCGGGCUGCAGGACGCCAGGCCACCAAGAGAACAACAACUUCUGCUCAGUCAACAUCAACAUUGGACCUGGCGACUGCGAAUGGUUCGCUGUCCCUGAGGCGUACUGGGGCGUCAUCAACAGCUUCUGUGAAAAGAACAAUAUCAAUUUUCUGAUGGGCUCCUGGUGGCCCAACCUGGAGGACCUGUACGAGACCGACGUGCCCGUUUACCGCUUCAUCCAGCGGCCCGGGGAUUUGGUGUGGCUCAACACAGGCGCCAUUCACUGGGUUCAGGCCAUCGGCUGGUGCAACAACAUCGCGUGGAACGUGGGACCCCUCACAGCACAUCAAUACAAGCUGGCAGUUGAGCGCUACGAGUGGAACAAGCUGCAGAGCGUCAAAUCCAUUGUCCCUAUGAUCCAUCUCUCCUGGAACAUGGCGAGGAACAUCAAAGUAUCGGACCACAAGCUUUUUGAGAUGAUCAA